AUGUCUACCAUAUUAAUUUCCGGUGCCAACAAGGGAAUUGGCCGCGGCCUGGUUGCCAAGUACGUGGCUCGCGAUAAUGUGACUGUGAUCGCAGCCGUCCGCAACCCAAGCUCAUCGGAGGCAACCUCUCUCUCUCAUUUUCCCACGGGGAAGAGUAGUCGGUUGAUUAUUAUCAAAGUCGACGCCAUCUCCAACACCGACGCCAAAGCUGCAGUGGAGUCAUUGUCUAGCCAGGGCGUGUCGGCUCUGGACAUUGUUAUCGCCAAUGCAGGAGUCUUCGACACAGCCGCUUUCACCACCGUUGCCGAUUCCACUAUUGCGCAGAUCCAAUUCCAUCUAGAUGUGAACACUGUCGGACCUGUACGUCUCUUCCAGGCUACGCUCCCUCUCCUUGAGAAGUCGUCCUCUGCUCGCUUCAUCCUGAGCAGUAGUCUUAUGGGAACGAUUGGAGGCAUUAAAGACAUCCCGGUCAAAAUUGCGCCUUACGGUGCUAGCAAGGCUGCGGCGAACUUCUUCGUCCGCAAGAUCAACUUUGAACAUGAUAAUAUUGCGACCUUGGCAAUCCAUCCUGGGGGCGUCAAGACAGAUGCUGGGAAUGACGCUGCCCGAGCUGCGGGCUACCCCGGCGCUUUCGUUGAAGUUGAGGACAGCGUGAAUGCGAUUGUCGCCAAAAUCGAUGGCUUGACCAAGGAGAACGGAGCGGGAGAGUUCUGGGGCUUCGACGACACCACCAUCGGCUGGUAG